CAGGGGGGACCGUGCGUUUGUUCUCUGGAGGUUUGGGGGGAAGGGUCAGGAGGGGGCUGCGGGUCUUGGCCGUGUGGAGGCAGCUCCUUGAGGCCGCCGCCGCCGCCGUCGCCAUGGUGCAAGCAGAGCGUGGGGGGGCUGCCGGCUGAGGGCGGGGCGGAAGGAGGGGGUGACGGCCGCGACUUGGCCCGUGCCGGCUGGCCCCGCCGCGUCCGGCCGAGCUGGGGCGAUACCGGGGCGAGCUGGGCAAGGUGGGCAAGCGGCGGAAGCCGCGCCGGGCCAAAGCCGCGGGCCGCGGCAGCAGCAGGAAAAGGAGGGACUCCUGCCUCAGAAGCCGCGGCGUUGGGUACACCGGCACCGUCAGCCCCUGGAACUGGAGGCGAUGGAUCCGGCCCCUCGUGGUGUUUCUCUACCUGGUGGCCUUGGUCGUGUCCCUGCCUUUAUGCAUAUGGGAGCUGCAGAAAUUAGAGGUUGGGAUACACACAAAAGCAUGGUUUAUUGCUGGAAUCUUUUUACUAAUGACCAUACCAAUAUCUUUCUGGGGAAUUUUGCAACAUUUAGUGCAUUACACUCAACCUGAACUACAGAAGCCAAUAAUAAGGAUUCUUUGGAUGGUGCCUAUAUACAGCUUGGAUAGUUGGAUAGCUCUGAAGUAUCCCACCAUUGCAAUCUAUGUGGAUACUUGCCGAGAAUGCUAUGAAGCUUAUGUCAUAUACAGCUUCAUGGGAUUCCUUUCCAAUUAUCUGACUAACCGGUAUCCAAAUCUGGUGUUAAUCCUUGAAGCCAAAGAUCAGCAGAAACAUUUGCCUCCUUUCUGCUGCUGUCCAUCAUGGGCAAUGGGAGAAGUAUUAUUGUUCAGAUGCAAACUAGGCGUAUUGCAGUAUACUGUUGUCAGACCAUUCACAACUAUUAUUGCUUUAAUCUGUGAGUUGCUUGGUGUAUAUGAUGAAGGGAACUUUAGCUUUAAAAAUGCUUGGACUUACCUAGUUAUAUUCAACAACGUGUCACAACUGUUUGCUAUGUAUUGUCUUGUGCUGUUUUAUAAAGUAUUGUGGGAAGAACUAAAUCCAAUUCAACCUGUUGGCAAAUUUCUUUGUGUAAAGAUGGUAGUUUUUGUUUCCUUCUGGCAAGCAGCAAUUAUAGCUUUGUUGGUCAAAGUUGGAGUUAUUUCUGAAAAGCACACUUGGGAAUGGCAGACAGUAGAAGCUGUGGCUACAGGCCUACAAGAUUUCAUCAUCUGUAUUGAAAUGUUCUUUGCUGCUAUUGCUCAUCACUACAGCUUUUCCUACAAACCCUAUGUGCAGGAAGCAGAGGAAGGCUCAUGCUUUGAUUCUUUUCUUGCAAUGUGGGACAUUUCAGACAUUAGAGAUGACAUAUCUGAACAAGUAAGAAAUGUUGGAAGGACAGUCCUGGGUCAUCGUAGUAAAAAGUUUUUUCCUGAUGAGGAGGAACAAAAUGAAAAUACAAGUUUAUUAUCAUCUCAAGACCAGAUUUCUGUUGCUUCUUCUAUGCCAUCUUCACCCUUGGGUCACUACCAAGGGUUUGGACACACUGUGACACCACAGAUUACACCUAUUUGUUCUAAGAUGCCUGAUGAAAUUUAUAAUGCAGGGAAUGAAGAAUCUUCAGCUAACUAUAAAUCUGUGGCCUCCUGAACAUUCAGAGGAAUAAAAGUUUCUUCUGUCCUCCAUGUUACUUCAUAACCCUGGUAUUCCAGCACAAGGAUGUUUGGUGAAAGCCAGGGUGUGUAUAAAGGUAGAGUCGAAUUUAAAACUGAAUUAAGCACAUUUUGUGUAUCAAAUAAUCAGUCUAAAUUUCCUGAGACUUGAUUUAUUUCUUGGUGUCAGAACACAAAAUGCUUAUAUUUGAUGAAGAGAAGAAAAUGACUGGAACUAUAACUGACAUUAAACUACUCUGUCUAAUAGAUGGACAUGAAAAUCAAUGUUUUCUACCCCUGCUGCAUGGAUUAGAAUGCUGCUGAAUUAACCUGAAGAGUGGACUUUAUAAACAAUUAGGUAAAUGAAUUAGUGCAACUUGAUCAUAAUUAAAGUUAAUGGUUACUUAUACAGGUUGUGCUUACAUAACCUUUAAAUAACUAGAUUUUAUUCCAUUCAAUAAAAGAAGUAACUUCUACUCUG